AUGCAGGGUACUGCUAGAUACUUGGCCUCAAAGGUAUCCAUCCCCGCAUGCAGCAUGAUGCAAGUAGGAAAGUGCGCAAGAAGGAAAACCAUGAUGUGCGACCCUCCUUUCGAUAGGUACAGAGAUCUGUUCACUGGCUCUAUCCUGCAACGUUCACAACAUGAAGGACGCCAAGUUGUGGAAGAGCAUGAGCUCCCAGUGAUAGACUUGCGCAGCCUGAGGAGUGAGAACGUAGAAGAGCGGGUGUCUUGCGUCUCAGAAAUCGUGAGGGCCUCAUCGGACUGGGGCUUCUUCCAGGUGCUUAACCAUGGGGUUAGCAAUGAGCUAUUGGGUGAGAUGAGUAGGGAGCAGAAGAGGCUGUUCGAGUUGCCCUUCGAGAUGAAGGCCAGCGCCAAGCUCCUGAAUGGCUCAUACCGCUGGGGAACUCCGACCGCAAAAUCUCUUGAUCAGUUCUCGUGGUCAGAAGCCUUUCAUGUUCCUCUCGCUAAGAUCUCUGACCCAGAUUGCUGCAGCUCGGAGUUCGGUUGUCUGAGGUAUUUUCCCUCUUGAUUCAAAUCCACUGAAAUCUCCAGAAUGCCCACCA